CCCCGUGGACCCAUCUGUGCAGAGAGCUGGUGCUGGUCGUCAGAGGAAGAGCCGCUUUCUGUGAGAACAACAGGGAGGGGUUCGAACUCACGGCUGCGUCCGAAUCCUCAGCAGGAAACUCUUUAUCGCUUCAGCGAUGGCCGAGGCCCACCAGGCGGUGGCGUUCCAGUUCACCAUCACCCCCGAGGGCAUCGACCUGCGGCUGUCCUACCAGGCCCUGAACCAGAUCUACCAGUCGGGGGUGCGGUCCUGGAAGAAGAGAGUCAGUCGCAUCAGGAACCGGGUGAUAAAGGGCGUGUACCCCGCCAGCCCCUCCUCCUGGCUCUUUGUCGUCAUUGCCAUCCUGGCCACCAUGUACAUGCGCUCGGAUCCCAGCAUGGGGCUCAUCGCCAAGAUACAGCAACACCUGCCGCUCAGCCUGAACGUGUCGCUCAGCGCUCAGGGGCAGACCAUGCUGUCGGCCCUGGUCUUCAGCACCCUGCUGUGGCUCAGCCUCAUCCUCGCCCUGCGCUUCUGCCUCAAGCUGCUGCUCUCCUACCACCAGUGGAUGUUCGAGCAGCACGGCCGGGUCUCCAACACCACCAAAGUCUGGGUGACGCUGUUGAGGUUGUUGUCGAGCAGGAAGCCGCUGCUGUACAGUUACCAGACGUCCCUACCUCACCUGCCUGUUCCUGCCAUCAGAGACACACUGAACAGGUACCUGGAGUCGGUGCGCCCCCUGCUGACGGAGCCGGAGUUCGAGCGGAUGACUAAACUCGGGAACCAGUUCGAGUCCAGUCUGGGAAACCGUCUCCAGCGCUACCUGAAGCUCAAAGCUCUGUGGGCCACGAACUACGUCAGUGACUGGUGGGAGGAGUUCAUCUAUCUGAGAAGCCGAGGUCCCCUCAUGGUCAACAGCAACUACUACGGGAUGGACUUUCUGUACGUGACCCCGACCCCGGUGCAGGCCGCCAGAGCAGGAAACACCAUCACCGCCCUGCUGCUCUACCGCCGCAAGGUCAACCGGGAGGAGCUCAAACCGAGUCGUGUUCCAGGCACCGUCAUCCCUCUGUGUGCCGCUCAGUGUGAGAGGAUGUUCAACACAACACGCACUCCAGGAGAAGAGACCGAUGUGCUGCAGCACUGGCAGGACAGCGAGUUCGUGGCGGUUUACCACAAAGGCCGAUUUUUCCGUCUGUGGGUGUACCUCGCAGGACGCCUGCUGUGUCCACGCGAGAUCGAGUUCCAGGUCCAGAGGAUCCUGGACGAAACCUCCCCGCCGCAGACUGGAGAGGAGAAACUGGGAGCGCUCACUGCUGGAGACAGGGUCCCUUGGUCUCACAUCAGGAAGCAGCACUUCAGCUCCGGCGUCAACAAGCGCUCGCUGGACGCCAUCGAGAGGGCGGCGUUCUUCGUGACGCUGGACGACGAAGAGCAAGGCAUGAAGGGGGAGGACCCGGUGGGGAACCUGGACCGCUACGCCAAGUCGCUGCUCCACGGGAAAUGUUAUGACAGGUGGUUUGAUAAAUCCUUCUCCAUCGUGAUCUACAAGAACGGGAAGAGCGGCCUGAACGCGGAGCACUCGUGGGCGGAUGCUCCCACCGUGGCUCACCUGUGGGAGUACACCCUGGCCACAGACGCCUUCCAGCUGGGCUACACUGAGGACGGCCACUGCAAAGGGGAGGUGGACCGCUCGCUCCCCCAUCCACAGAGGCUCCACUGGGACAUUCCCUCAGAGGUUCAGGAUCAGGUGCACAGAUCCCUCGCUGUGGCUCAAGUGAUCGCAGACGACGUGGACUGUCACGUGUUUCCCUUCAGUGACUUCGGCAAAGGACGCAUCAAGAAGCUCCGCGUCAGCCCAGACGCCUUCAUCCAGAUCAGCUUACAGCUGGCGUACUACAGGGAUCGCGGGGGCUUCUGUUUGACCUACGAGGCGUCGAUGACCCGUCUGUUCCGGGAGGGCCGCACGGAGACGGUUCGAUCCUGCUCCAACGAAAGCUCUGACUUCGUGAAAGCUCUGGAACGUGGAGAGACACAGGAGCAGUGCAGGCAUCUCUUCAAGCUGGCUUCAGAGAGGCACCAGAACCUCUAUCGAAUGGCCAUGACUGGAGCCGGGAUUGACCGCCACCUCUUCUGUCUGUACGUGGUGUCCAAAUACCUGGGGGUGGAGUCCCCGUUCCUGAAAGAGGUUCUGUCGGAGCCGUGGCGUCUCUCCACCAGUCAGACCCCAGUUCAGCAGAUGGAGCUGUUCGACCUGAAGAACCAUCCGGACUUCGUGUCGCUGGGCGGAGGCUUCGGACCUGUGGCUGAUGACGGUUAUGGCGUCUCCUACAUCAUCGUGGGCGAGGACAUGAUCAACUUCCACGUGUCGUCCAAACUCUCCUGCAGUGACACGGAGUCCCACCGGUUCGGAGCUCAGAUAAGUAAAGCUCUCCAGGACGUCAUGGUUCUCCUCACUCCCGACGCCAAAGCCUCGAAGCCUCAGUCCAAGAAGCUCCUCUGAACCCAGCGUCUCACACGUGUUCCCCUGAUGACGAGCGUAGAACCCAUAGAGAACCUGUUUUGAAUUUGAAACCACCAUAGGACAUCGAUUGAAAGCCUUCUUUAGGUUGAAGGGAGGGAAUUUAAUUAUUUAAAUCAAAGGGAGAAGAGUUGCUCCAGGCUCUUGUCACACACACACACACACACACACACACACACACACACACACACACACACAUAUAUAUCUGUUGUUGGAGCUUAUCAGAAACAUUGGAAUGCAGCCACUCCUCACCUGAGCUAUAAUUUGAAUUCUCUCAGAUAAAGGCCAAACUCCUCUCUGUGUAGACACGGCCUCAUAUUCAGCACUAACACAUAGACUUUAGUUUAUUUUUGUAAUAUCACGUGGAAAGGAAGUGAAGGACAAAUCUCCCUCAGAAUAAGUGGAACGGCUCAAGAGUUCCUAAAUCUCAAUAAACGUGAAGAGGAAGCUGUGGGUGUGAAAUGAAGCUUCGCAGCUGAUCCCACUGACGCGUCCUAAAAGUUCAAGGUCAUGAAGUAUGAAUAUGAAUAUCGUGUUCAUCUCUGAGAAUCUGAAGGAAUGACUUGUGAGAGACGACCUCAUCUCCAUCGGACUUGAACUCCAGAGAAUGUCGGCUCCUCUUUCACAGAGUAAUUUAACUCUGCCGGGGAGGCGCUGCUCGGCUGCGUCUGAAUAACGGACAGACAGAGAACACAUGUUUUUGUUUGCGCCACAUAACACAAAGCAGAUGUUAUCAGAGAGCCUCCUGCUUCCCACAUCAACAUCUGGCUGGUGUGCGCUGCUGGUUCUCUUUGUGUGUUAGAGUCACAGGGAAACGAGCAGUAAAGGUCCAGUUCACCACUGGUCUGGAGGUUUUUAUUCUCAUUCUUUUGAUAAAACUCUGGAGGUGGUGGACCUGGAACCCAGUGAGGAAUCUUAACCAGCUUCAGAUGUGAAAUCAUUCCUCUCCUCUGCAACUUUAUUCCAUGCAUCAUUCAUUUGGUUCCUCGUUUGAAUUGAGUUGCGCCACAUUUGUUUUAUAUUUACAAGAUUCACCUUUUGCUGUUUGUCAGGAUCGACUUCAAUCAGCUGAUACUGGUUUGACUUACAGCCAUGUGAAGGAAGAAAUAAAGACGUGUAAACAACUUCCUUCUUUAGCUUCUCACGUCAGUGGCUUGGUUUAUUAAGGUUUGGAGUCAUGUUCUAACUCUCACACACUGAACCAGUUAUUUGCAUCUUUCUGUUCGAGGGCCACGUUGGGGGCUUUCUUUAGAUACACAUCUGUUUGUCCUCCAGCUCCACUCGGGUUUGUCCCGCUGCCAAGGAGUAUGGAAAGCUCUGCUCAUUUGCUAACCUGCCCUUAACGAGGCUCUGCCAGCUAAUCCAUUUACACUCACCUACACAAAUAUCCAGUCACACAAUAGGAGGAAGUGAAGCCAGUUCGACUGGUUAAAGGGUCAAAGAGUCAAAGUGUCCAGUCCCACAGCGACUGUGUGUGUGUGCCUGAAGUCAAGUGUUGAUUCAGUUAAACCGUUUCAAUGCAACUCCUGAGGGGUCUUCUCUGUGUGUGUGUUGUGUGUGUCUGUGUUGAGGAGAACGCACAACGGGUCAGAUGAUCGGUGAUAAAAAUCUGGAAUCACUUUUGUGCUUGUGACAUAAUGUUGUAGUUGUACGUCGCCUUUUGUGUGUUAACAUGUUUUUGUAGCUGUAACUUGUUGGUGCAGUUGUAAAGAUGUUUUGUAACUGUAGGAAAAUAUUUUUUUACAUUUUCGAAAUUCUUCCCAUUUCCUCAGCUGCACAACUUUUUGACACAAAACAUUCACAGCCACGAAAAAGGUCAAGUUACACAUAAUUCAAAACGUGAUAAAUAAAGCGACAAAGCUUCUUUACACACACACAAAAUGUUGUGUACAACUUCAACAUUAUUUCACCAGCACAAAUUAAAGCUAAAACAAUGAGUGACCCUGAUUCCAUGAAACGACUCAUUUACUGUAACACAUGAAACCAGAGUGAAUCUGGUUUCUGCUCCUCACUCGAAUAGGAUCAGAGAUCUGGAUCGAUGCUUCGGUCGAGGUGUCGUCUUCGUCUGCUCACGUUUUCUAACUCUUCUAGAAUUGUCUUUAACAUUUUGCUCACCUCAGACCACAGUGGCUUCUCUUCAGGUUAUAUCUUGUGCCUCGUUUCCCAAACUGUUGAACGCCAGAGUGUUUUCCCUCGGUCUCAUUAUUAAGGGCCUCUUAUCAUUUCUUUUAUAAGACUGUAUUUCUCCGGGGCCUCGUGUGAAUGCGUUGGACGUGCUCGGAGUCUCAGUGACAUCUCCUCGUGCCUUCCCCUGGAGCCGGUGAAGCCGACCGUGAGCCUCAGUCCCAUCGGCGGAUGGUGGCACUCUGGCUUCCAGUGGUUCAGACCGAGUGCAUCUCAUAACGAGGCACCAGUGGAGUUGGAAUCAACUUUUGUGAUGAAUCUUGAACAUUAGCUCUGUCUUUUCUCACCCGUUUGGUUUGGGGACACUCUUAUCUACUGUUGUGACUCUAUAGGUUCAGACUUGUAAUGCUUGAAGAAGUUUACUCAUUAAACACUCGAGAAUAUUCUUGUUACUGAUUUGUUCUUUUUCAUUUUUAAACUUAUUUAAAUGUAAAUUGUGGACUUUGUGCAUUUUAUAGAUGGGGGUGGCAUGUUAUGUAAAAUAAAAAAUCUUACUGACCCGA